AUGACCGCCGCGAUUCAAGAAGAUAUUCUCACAAAAGUCUCAACAGAUGCGACUACAAAUUUUGUUCAGUCCUACUACUCUGCCCUUGACAAUGCCCGGUCAACGCUCUCCACUUUCUACGCUCCCACGGUGACCAAUCUUCUAUUCAACGGCAAUAUCGUAGCCGACGGUGCUUCUGUUCAAGAUAUAUUUGUCAACCAGCUGCCUCCUACACACUACGAAGUCCAGUCGUAUGAUUGCCAGGUCCUCAACCCGAAUUAUCCAAUGAUUCCACCCGCCACCGCGGACAAUGUGGCUAGUCCAUUUGGAGCCAACGCAAAUCGCAAUACCUCAGAUCCAGUGAAGAAUAUGUCAAUAUUAGUUAUCGUGAGCGGUUAUGUGAAAUUUGGAGAAGGAAAAGAAACUUGGGAUUCACCAAAUCGAGGGUUUAGCGAGACUUUUGUCCUGGUUCCAAAUCCACAAGCGUCCAGCGGGCCCAAAGCACGGGGAAAACAGUGGUUAAUACAGAGUCAGAACUUUAGGAUCGUUGUUUGA